GAGAAAACGCUGGAAAAACUCAGCAGGUCGGACAGCAUCUGUGGAGAGAGAGACACAGUUAACGUUGUGGGUCCGUAUGACCCUUCUUCAGUGAUUCAGAGCCGCAAUGACGUGACUGUUCUGCACUACAGUUCCCAGAGCGCCCUGUACACAGGCACUGUUGUCUGUCACCUGAAGCGAGUCGGUUUGAAUUGCGAUACAGCUACCCCCGGGGCCGUUCUCAUGUGAGGUGAAGCGGGUGGCGGCGGCAAUGUACGGGUUGAGCGCCGCGGCGGGGGCGAGGCAGGCGGUGGCAACGGGCUGCCGUAUCCGGCGCCGGGCCGCGCUGAGGGUGAGCUGGAGCUUCGUGGACCGUGGAGCCGGGCCGGCGGGCGCCUGGGGCUCUGCCGCCAGCCUCAUCACGGAAGGGGCGGCCUCGCUUCUCCGCGACAACGGCAGAAGUGGCGACAAGGUGUUGAGCAUCGGUAACAUGAACCCGCAGGUCAGGGCUACUGAGUACGCGGUGCGGGGACCCAUUGUCAUCAAAGCGGGGGAGAUCGAGAAGGAGCUGCAACAGGGAGCCCUGAAGCCCUUCACAGAAGUAAUCAAAGCUAACAUAGGAGAUGCUCAUGCUAUGGGGCAGCAACCGAUCACAUUUCUGAGACAGGUUGUUGCUCUUUGUACUUAUCCAGAACUGUUUGGGAGUCUGCAUUUCCCUGCUGAUGCAAAGGAGAGAGCCCAACGUAUUCUGCUGGACUGUGAAGGACGAAGUCUAGGUUCCUACAGUGCAAGCCAGGGUCUGAAUUGUAUACGUCAAAAUGUUGCAAAGUACGUGGAGACAAGGGAUGGAGGAGUUCCUGCAGAUCCUGAUAAUAUUUACAUUACCACGGGAGCAAGUGAUGGAAUAACGACCAUUAUGAAACUUCUGGUGUCUGGAAAAGGGAGAAUGCGGACUGGAGUGAUGAUUCCAAUCCCACAGUAUCCCUUGUACUCUGCAGUCAUCUCUGAACUAGAUGCUGUCCAAAUCAACUAUUACCUGGAUGAAGAAAAUGGCUGGGCUCUAGAUAAGAAUGAAUUGAAAAGAAACCUGAAUGCGGCCAGGGAAUAUUGCAACCCCAAGGUUCUAUGUAUUAUUAACCCAGGAAACCCAACCGGCCAGGUGCAAAGCAAAAAAUGUAUUGAGGAUGUAAUUACUUUUGCUUAUGAAGAAAAACUCUUCCUUCUGGCUGAUGAGGUUUACCAGGAAAACAUAUAUUCAAAAGACUGUAAAUUCCACUCGUUCAAGAAGGUGCUUUAUGAGAUGGGUCCGGAGUACUCCAAUACAGUGGAACUGGUCUCGUUUCAUUCCACAUCCAAAGGAUACACAGGAGAAUGUGGCUUUAGAGGUGGCUAUAUGGAAGUCAUCAACAUGGACCCUGAGGUUAAAGCUCAGCUUGAGAAGCUGCUAUCAGUUCGGCUGUGCUCACCCGUCCCAGGGCAAGUAGCCAUGGAUGUUGUGGUAAAUCCGCCAAAGCCUGGAGAGGAAUCCUAUGAGGUGUUUACAUUGGAGAAGAUGAGGGUAUUGCAUAACCUUGCUGAGAAAGCCAAGUUAUCAGAGGAAGCCUUGAAUUCAAUUCCUGGAAUGCAGUGCAACCAUCUUCAUGGGGCUAUGUAUGCAUUUCCAAGAAUAUUCAUUCCUUCCAAAGCUAUCAAAGAAGCUGAGGCUCAUGAUAUGACUCCAGAUAUGUUUUACUGUAUGCGACUCCUAGAGGAGACUGGAAUCUGUGUGGUUCCUGGCAGUGGUUUUGGACAAAAGGAAGGAACAUAUCAUUUCAGAAUGACUAUUCUUCUUCCUAUUGAGAAGCUGAAAGUGCUGUUACAGAAUGUGAAGGAUUUCCACACUAAGUUUCUUCGGAAAUAUGCAUGAACAUGGUUAAUUUUGUUCACCCAGGGAAAGCCACAUGAUGAAUGUUUAAUUAACUUCUUUCCUUCCUUUCCUGCCCUCCCUCACAACCCCACCCCCCCCCCCCCCCCCCCCACCCCCAAAAAAAGCCCUUUCAGAAUAUCAAGUUAAUGUUUACUGAAGUGAAAUGGUAAAAUUUUUGGCCUGAAGAUCACGAUUGCUGUCGGUUGGUGCUGUGAAUACCCCUUAUGUACAACUUGUGCUGCAUUUUGAUAGUACUCUGUUUACAUUGAAAUAGUAGAAAAGAUUGGUUUUGUUGCACUUCAAAAAGUUUUUUAUAGGUAAAAAAAAAUUAACAUUAUUUCUAGCAACAAACAUCAAAUAUUUUUCUAGGUUCAAGCCUCUAAUCUCAAAUUGCCAGGAAUAUGCUCUAGUUUCAAGCAGCGAUGUUUGGGGUUGUGCCUUCUUUUAUCUCAGUCUCCAUUCUUUGUGGAAGACGAUGCAUUAAUCGGACUAGUGAGCAGCUUUAUAACACUUAUGUAGCAAGACUAUUUCUCCAAUCAAGGUGGAGUUUUUGCUGUGUAUGCAGAUGGAUUUUCAAUGGGCUAAAAGUUAAUAAAGCUACUGCCUAGAUUGACUUAUCAAACGCUAACUUGUAACACUGCCAAGUGAAUGGAUUUUACAAUAAUUCAAAACAUCUGGCAGAGGGUUUUUUUCUGAUAAACAAUAUAUUGUAAUGUUUAUGGUUUUAUUUUGUGAAGUUAGGAGGACAAAUGUUACAACUGUCUUUGUUAUAUAGUUCUGAAUUUGCUUUCUAUUCAAGGGCUUCCAAGUAGAUACUUUCAGAAGUUAAAAAAAUAAAUAUUGGCUUGUAGGGGUGCAAGGGGACAAGAAAUAACUGUGAUCUGCAAGACUUUGUGUCUUUAGGAGAAAGGGAUUCUAUGUCUUUGCCUCUUUUAUGAAAAUUGUUUACAGUUUAUCUAUGUCAACAUUUGAGCAAGAAAUAUCUCUUGCAAUAAAUUAUCUUUUUACUCUUUUGAAAGUCA